AUGUAUAUAAACAAAGGGUUUGAGAAGAAAACAGAUAAACAAACAAAUAAAAAGCAAAACAUCCUUCAAAAAUCAAAAGAUCGAAGGAACAGAAUGACUAUGAAGAAUAUUUGGAAGCCAGAAGAAAACAUUCCUGCAAAUAUUCUAGCGGUUCUUUCGAAACCUCAUCCCAAUUAUCAGUUAGCGUUCUUAAACAUCGUUCAACUUCUGAAAACGCAAAGGAGAACAGGUUGGGUUGACCAUGAUAUCGAUCCAUGUGAAAGUAUAUCCGAUCACAUGUAUAGAAUGGGCUUAACUUCCAUGUUGAUUACGAACAAAGAUAUAGAUCGUAACAAAUGUAUCAGAAUUGCCCUCGUUCAUGAUUUCGCGGAGUCACUUGUGGGUGACAUAACUCCUAAUGACCCCAUGACGAAGGAGGAGAAACAUCGCAGAGAGUUUGAAACUGUCAAGUACUUAUGUGAGACCGUGAUUAAACCGUGUAGUGAAACUGCAUCGAAGGAAAUCCUUGAUGAUUGGUUAGCAUACGAAAAACAGACAUGUUUGGAAGGGAGAUAUGUCAAAGAUAUCGAUAAGUAUGAAAUGCUGGUACAAUGUUUUGAGUAUGAACAGAAGUAUAAUGGUAAGAAAGAUUUGGAACAAUUUUGGAGCGCCAUCAGUGACAUUAAGACAGAGGAAGUCAAAGGAUGGACCCAGCGUCUAUUAGAAGACCGAAAAGCAUUUUUUGAUAGUUUGAAAAAGUAA